GGCGCAGCUCUCACUCCCACAGUGCAGCGGGGCAACGGAUUAACAUGGCGUCGGUGGUCGCUGUUUGGAUGAAGGCCGUGGGACUGGAGCUGCAUGAUGUGAAGCAGAGCCAUGGAGCCAACUGAACUAUAAUCCCGGAUCAGCUUCAGAGCUCUAAAGCUUAGGUGGCCGGCCUGCUGCCUGCCUGGUGUGGGCCACAGGGACGGGUCAGGAGCCGCCGCACCACCAGGGAUGGAGGAGUCGGCGAACUCGGCCAGAGCGGCCAGACAGUCUCAGCCCAGAGGAGCGAAGGCGUCGCCCGGCCAGAAGCAAAACAAAGACGGGGUGAAGUCUGCGCUGCGCAGCAAGGAGAACCUCGCCGGUGGCAAAGAGGAGCGGAGCGCCGGCGGCGGCCUGCUGACCCGCGGGCCGGGCGGCGCCUUCCCGGAUAACUCCCAGGACAAGAAGAGAGGACGACCCGCCAGGCUGACCGGGAGAACGAGUUCUGGAGAGAGGAGCAAAGGGAAGGCGACCAACUCCCAGCAGCCUCAGCAGCAUCAGCCUGAGUCCAGAACGCCGCGUCCUGCAGACGGCGGCCGCCCGCCGGCCAACAGAGAGACAAACGCUCCUGUUUCACCCCCCCCACCUGAGCGGGCCAGAGGCUCCACAGCCGCCCCGGCCAGAGACAAGUCCCACGCGAUGAAAGAUGCAGCUCCGAUGCAUCCGUCGGCCGAAGAGGAAGAGGAAGAGGAGGAGGAGAGGCUCGCCGUGGAGGAAGGACUCCUGACAGAGCAGCAGCUGGGCCUCCGACAGGUGGAGGAGCGCCUCCACAGAGACCACAUCCACCGGCUGCUCAAACCGUCCCCUGAAUACCCAAACUAUCACUACUUAUGCAAAGUCUGCUCGGUGCACGUCGAGAACGUCAACGGAGCUUACAAGCACAUCAAGGAGAAGCGCCACAAGAAGAACAUGAUGGAGAAGCAGGAGGAGGCGGAGCUCCGAGCGCUGCCGCCGCCCUCCGCCGCCCAGCUGAGGGCGCUGGACUCAGCCGUCCUGCAGACCGCCAGCCAGCAGGGGAUCUCAGACGAGGACUUGGAGGUGCGGAAGGGCGUGGUGACGAGGAUGGAGGAGAUCAUAAAGAGGCAGCUGUCAGCUUGUUCGCUCCGUCUCUACGGCUCCUGUCUCACCCGCUUCGCCUUCAAGACGAGCGACAUCAACGUCGACGUCACCUAUCCCUCCACGAUGACGCAACCAGAAGUCCUCAUUCAGGUGCUGGAGAUCCUCAAGAACAGCCCUGAAUUCCUGGAGGUUGAGUCGGAUUUUCACGCCAAAGUUCCUGCUGUGUUUUGCCGGGAUGGAAGCAGUGGCCUGAUUUGUAAAGUGAGCGCGGGCAACGACGUCGCCUGUCUCACCACCAAUCAUCUGGCGGCGCUGGCGAAGCUGGAGCCCAGACUGGUUCCCCUGGUGCUGACGUUCCGCUACUGGGCGCGGCUGUGUCACAUCGACUGCCAGGCUGAAGGCGGCAUCCCUUCGUACUCCUUCGCCCUCAUGGUGAUCUUCUUCCUGCAGCAGAGGAAGGAGCCCGUCCUCCCCGUCUACCUGGGAUCCUGGAUCGAUGGCUUCGAUGUGAAGCGAGUAGACGAGUAUCAUCUCACGGGAAUCUUCCUGGACAUGUUCGUCAAGUGGGUGCAGCGACCUCCGGCCUCCACGGAGGGCCGCGGGGAGAACCGGGGCGAAGCCAAAGCAGAAAGAGCGUCCAAACCGGAGCAGAAUAAAGCCGACGACUGUGCCGAGGGCCUGAGCCGUCUGAGCCUGGAUCUUAGUAAAGGAGCGUCGCUGGGCCAGUUAUGGCUGGAGCUCCUACGUUUCUACACCGUGGAGUUCGCUCUGGAGGAGUACAUCAUCAGCAUCCGCAUAAAGGAGCUGCUCUCCAGGGACGCCAAGAACUGGCCCCGUCGCCGGCUCGCUAUCGAAGACCCGUUCGCCUCCAAGAGGAACGUGGCGCGCAGCCUCAACAGCCAGAUGGUGUUCGAGUACAUCCAGGAGCGCUUCCGGACCGCUUACAAAUACUUCGCCUGUCCUCAGCGGAGGGGCGCAGGCGGCCGGCGGCAGAGGAAGAAGAAGAAGAAGAAGAAGAAGGCGGCGCCGGGGGGAGCGGGCGAGGCCGAGCGUAAAACGGACCCGCGUCUGAGCGGAGAGGAGGCCGGCGGGAAAGCUGCAGCGGGUCAGGAGGAGGAGGAUGAAGAGUCUGACAGCGACGAUGAUGACGAUGGUUCAGAUGUGUCUGGGAAGUCUAAGGAGAGGAGCUUAGACGCUGGAAUCAUGGACAUGGUCCUGAACGACAGACCUUCCUCGUCCCCCAAAGAGCUGCUGGACAGUGAGGAGGAGGAGGAGGAUGAAGCCGUCGCGUCGGAUGACCUGCACUAUGUGUUCGACAGGAUGAUUUUCACCGGCGGGAAGCCUCCAACCGUGGUGUGCAGCAUCUGCAAGCGAGACGGCCACCUGAAGGACGAGUGUCCCGAAGACUUUAAGAAGAUCGAGCUGAAGCCGCUGCCGCCCAUGAACGAGCGCUUCAGGAGCAUCCUGGACGGCCUGUGCAGGCUCUGCUACUAUGAACUUUCGCCGUCGCACAUGGAGCAGCAGAAGAGGGAGCAGAUCCUCGUCGGCCUGGAGAGGUUCAUCAGGAAGGAGUACAACGAUAAAGCUCAGCUCUGCUUGUUUGGUUCCUCCAAGAAUGGUUUUGGUUUCCGCGACAGUGACCUGGACAUCUGCAUGACUCUGGAGGGUCAUGAGACGGCGGAGAAGCUGAACUGUAAGGAGAUCAUCGAAGGCCUCGCUAAAGUGCUAAAGAAGCACGCAGGUUUGAGGAACAUCCUGCCCAUCACCACAGCUAAAGUGCCUAUUGUGAAGUUUGAACACAAACAGAGCGGUCUGGAAGGAGACAUCAGCCUUUACAACACGCUGGCCCAGCACAACACCAGAAUGCUGGCCACGUAUGCGGCUCUGGAUGCUCGGGUGCAGUUCCUGGGGUACACCAUGAAGGUCUUUGCAAAGCGCUGCGACAUCGGAGACGCCUCCAGGGGAAGCCUCUCUUCUUACGCCUACAUCCUGAUGGUGCUUUACUUCCUGCAGCAGAGGCAGCCGCCGGUGAUUCCCGUCCUGCAGGAGAUCUUUGACGGUAAGACGGCGCCCGAGCGGAUGGUAGACGGCUGGAACGCCUUCUUCUUUGACGACAUGGACAAGCUGCGCCAGCGCCUCGCCGACCGCCAGCCCAACACGGAGUCAGUGGGCGAGCUGUGGCUCGGCCUCCUGCGCUUCUACACCGAAGAGUUCGACUUCAAGGAGCACGUCAUCAGCAUCCGUCAGCAGAAACGCCUCACGACGUUUGAGAAACAGUGGACUAGUAAAUGCAUCGCUAUCGAAGAUCCCUUUGACCUGAACCAUAAUCUUGGUGCUGGAGUGUCACGGAAAAUGACGAACUUCAUCAUGAAGGCCUUCAUAAACGGGCGGAAGCUGUUCGGGACGCCCUUUUUCCCCAUCCCCGGUACUGAAGUGGAUUACUUCUUUGACUCGAAGGUGUUGACAGACGGCGAGCUGGCGCCCAACGACAGGUGCUGCAGGAUCUGUGGGAAGAUCGGUCAUUACAUGAAGGACUGUCCAAAGAGACGCAGGGUAAAGAAGAAGGAAAACGAGAAGGACGAGGACGCCAAAGAUGAGGAUCGAGAACCGAAGGACAGACGUUGUUUCCAGUGUGGGGACAUGGGUCACGUACGGAGAGACUGUCCUGAGAACCGCCACCUCAAACAGAGGAACGCCGGGGCCCCAACUCCUCACAUGGUGCGAAGCGUGGUGCACUCCCAGUCCAUCCCCAUCCCUCAGGCUGACGCCGGCUCUCCUGGAAGAACCAGACAACCGUCUGAAUGUUCGGACAGCCGGCAGACGCCGCCCUUCUCCCCGCAGCCCGCCGCUGUCCCACAGAGCUCGCCGCUCUCCUCCGGCUCCCCCCAGACCUCCCACAGCAAAGCCGGCUGCGUCGGGCCGCAGAAGCCGCCCGCCCACGCCCAGGUGCCGCUCUCUCUCUUCAGCUUCCCCGCCUCCCACCCGGGCCAGUUUCACCCCGCCGCGCUCACCGCCCUGGGGCUCCUCCCCCCCCACCAGUCCCAGGGGGGGCCUCACCACCCGGUCCACAUUCCCUCCACCUCCUGGCCCAUCCACGGCCCGGUCCUCGCCUCGUCCUCCGCCGCCGCCCCCUCCCCGCCCGGCCUGAAGUUCGCCCUGCGCUCCGUGUCGGGGAGCGGGAGCCCCACGGCGUCGGCGGGCGGCGCCAGCUCCAUGAGCCUCAACGACCCGAGCAUCAUCUUCGCCCAGCCGGCGGGGAGGCAGAUGGGCAUGGGGGGGGCGGGGCGGGACGGGCCCUGGCACAACAGCAUGGCACAGCCCGGGUCACUGGUGGGCAACGGCACGGUGGUGAAGUCAGAAGCCAACCACCAGGUCCAGUUUGAAGGUGUGAGCCAAGGCUCACGGUUAUGGGAGCACAACAAACCCCCCCAGUACAGCCUCUCUCCAUCCUGGCCCUACAGGAUGCCCCAGAACUUCCUCCAGCAGGGCAACGGAGACUUCCAGCCGGGAAAAGCCUUCAUGGGCCCAGGUCCUGUGGUGCGUCCAAACCCCAACUUCCCUCUGGUUCCUCACGUUCGGCACCCGGUCAACCUGAAUUUUAUCCAGCAGAAGAAAUAAUCUCUCCUUUUUAAUUGGGUCUCUGGUCAGUGAUAGAACAAAAUGAUUUACUCUUUUUUGCGUCGAUUGAUCACGGACUUUUUUCAGAAGAAAACAAGAAUGUUAUCAUUUUUUGUACAGUUCUUAUGUUUUAAUUUUUCUGGCUCUCAUUACAUUGAUUUGUGAUACAAAUGUCAAAUAUUUUAAUGCCCCCGUUUUUGAGGGGGUUCGGGAAAAAAAAAAGUGUUUUUAUUUUAUGUGUAAAGUAUGAAGAAUAAAUUGUAAACCUUUAUUUUUAUUAGCUGUACUCAUGCUUUGCUUGCUGAAAGAUGAAGGCUUUGACUAGAUGUUUUUAAAACAAGCUAACGUGUCAGUAUGUAGUGCCAAAAGCAGGAAAAAAAGGAAAAUAUAAAGAAAAAAGCUCCAAAAAAAAUAAAGAAAAAAGCAAACAGA